AGAGAGAGAGAGAGAGCGAGAGCGAGCUAUUGGUGUUGACAAUUGAGGUGAUACGCAAUGUCCGUACGAUUUAGAAUUGCGCGGUGCGUGCAAACGGCGCAACGGUCAGAGCUAAGCGGCAAAAAGCCGUGGAUUGCGAUAUAGAAUCUGAAAUCAGAGUUCGAUUGAUUCCUUUCCGUUCGCAAUCAGCUAAAUACUGAUCUUCUAUCCGAGAUCCUCGAUUUCCAAUCCACGAGGGAGUCCUCUGAUCAUUCGCUCGACUUGUAUGUUUUUCUUUUUAAGAAAAAACGGCCGUUGAAAAAAAUGACCUUGCGUGAUUAGAGUGAUUAGUGAUUAAAGUCCGCGACUGGAGAUUUGCAGAAAAUUCAUCUCAUUGCGCGGGAAAUUGACGUCAUCCGCGAGCGUGUGGUAAGAAAUUUAUGCUCGCCUCGCGAGUGACGCGUUUCUCUCCACGGUGCUUUCUUCCUCUUCGCCGUGAACAAGAGGAGACCGCAAAACGCGACUUUCGUUGCCCCGCGAUCCAAAUUGCAGCGUCGCGGCCGGCACAACGUUCGUUAACCGUCGCCCCGUAACGUGGCAUUAACUAUUUCGUGGAUCUGCGCGGUAAAUUGUGCGGUAUCGUGCGAUUUUUGUUCUCGUCGAAUUGCGAAACGACGUUGGAUACGGGGAAUCGAGCCUCGAAAAUCGGCGCAGGGCGACGCGCAGGGGAGAUCCGUUCGGAAGAAACGCGUCUCUCCUUUUUCGCGCAUUGAACAACAUUCCGGCUUUUCGUCGUGCCGUUUCGACGCGCUGAAGAAUUCAGCCAUUAACGGAGGAAAAAACUGUGGGGAGGUUAAUGGGAACAUUCGUUUGAUAUUCUCUGAAUAUUUCUCUUCAUGUUUGCCACAGCCGACCGAAUCGGCUGAGACUCGAUAAGAGGGAGGGAAAUUAUCGAAGAGUUAUACUCCGCGUUAAAUGUAGCCUGCUCGACGCAUCACGCCAUCAUAGGUUGUUAUCAUAGAAACGGGAUAAAUUCAUUUCAGCAGCAGUUCCGUUCGCACGUAAUACAGAAAAGUUGAGUAACAAUCGGGAGUGCCGGAGGGAAUUGAGCAAUUUGUCGUUGUACCGCCGGGUAUUGUCCCAUUCGUGUGAUCGACAACCUUUAUUAUUCUCUUCUUGGAGGAACUUGAAGACUUUUCGUACCUUUGUCGUGCGGCAAUGAUACGUUUUCGCGCAUUCCAGCGCUCCUUUUUUCUCAAGCGAUCUUCUCAACUCCGAUUAGUCGUUUUCGAUGAAUCCAGGUCUCCAGGUAUCGAAUAUCCUGACGACGUUAUCUUGAUUAAAUAUCCGGCUCUUUUGGGACGUGUACCUUAACGUGCGGCCUGCAAACUUGUUCGUCACCACUGCUGCUCCCCCUGGAGUUUCUCCCUCCUCUUCUCAAAUAUUUUUUUCAUAUGUCAAAAAUUUCCGCUGUGACGUCGCGCGUUCUUUCUGACCAUGCGAAUGUCGUCGGACACUCACGACGAGGUCGAGAAACGAGGCUGAGAACCACCGAGAGUCGUGCGAAAGGAAGUUUUGCUCGAUAAAAAAUGAACCUCGCGAUAAUGAGAAGAAACGUACUUGUAUGAAUUUUUAUAAAUAAUUUCACUAGCGUAGCGUGCAUUUCAGCGAUAUUACCGCGGUAAUUACCACGGUUCGAUACGUUAAACAAUGUGGAACACACGAAGGAGGACGUAAACGAAAAACAAUCUUUUUUUCUGAAAGUAGCGUCCCGCUGCUUUAUCGUCCCGCGUCACUUUACCGCCUAGCGCCCGUCACAGUUGUGAGCUUAACGGCCGGCCUGAAUAUCUGCGACUUCCUGGACCGAGACCAAGUACAUCUCGGCAAGUGCAAUUAACAAUUUUACAAAGCCAUCGAAAAAGCAUCGCUGCGACGCUCUUCGUGCCGACACACGAUAAUGGCCCAGAAGUUUACGGACGUAAAGUAACGAGGCGCUCUCGCAGCAAAGCAGCGAGUCACUUUCCACUCGGAGAAGGCGAAGUCCUCGUCCUCGCUCGUCGAGCAGCAAAUUUCGUCUCGUGCCUCGUCGUGCUCGAAGUCUCGAUUCGCGCAGAGCUCUCGUUAUUUGCGCAACGACGAUGCGAAUUAGAAUCGAGGAAGAGACACGAAAGAGCGUAACGCAACGCGUGCGAUUUGCGUACGAUUGCAUGCGGCGGCGUCGCCGAUGUCGCUUUGGCAAUCGUCGAAAUCGGGAGCAUGAGAAUCGAAGGACGGACGGACGGACGGACAAAAGUAAUGUGCAAAACGGCCGGAGAGCGAACGAGGGCGGACGGUUUCGAAAAUCGGAAUCGCACGACAGCGGUUUACUCUCGGUUUUUGCGACGACUCAGAUUCCGCCCCCCUUGUGAGAGUACUCGCCGCUUCUUUCCAGGACGACCGGUGGGACGAGCACACGACGGGGGCUUUCGUUGAAGGCGCUUUUACACCGGGGCGGCCGCCAAGCUGAUAAGUGGGACAUACUUUCCUGCAUCUCGGUAUUUGGUAGUGAACUCGCAGUCAGGACGGAUCAUCCGCGCGGAUCACCAGGAGCGUCGUCCUCCGCGAAAACCGCUCUGCGCUCCCGUUCUCGUCACCGUUCGGCAGCAGCAAGUGCCUUCUUCGCACUCUACCACUCUAUCCCCCGGAGGCAAAUCACCCGGCCGGAGUUCUCGUCGCCCGCGCGUUUCCUCGCGCGUUUCCAACGCACCGACCAUAUUCCGGCAACAUGGCACCGAAUCUGUUCGGCACUUCCGCGACUUUGUUCCUCGAGGCCACUCAGCAGGACGUAUCGCAGAACAAACCGUCGUCGGAGAAGAGCGCGGCGCAAAAGCUGUCGCCGUUGCAGAAGGCACCGAGUGCGAACCCCAAGUAUGCAUGGAAAAUCGUCUGGCGGAACGUGAUAGCCUUCUUCUAUCUCCAUGUCGGUGCACUUUACGGGCUCUACCUUUUAAUAACGGCUGCCAAAUCGUACACGGCUGUGUGGGGUAUAUCGAUCGCCGUGUUCGCGGCUAUCGGCGUUACCGGAGGUGCUCAUAGAUUAUGGGCUCAUCGGUCGUACAAAGCCAAGUGGCCGUUGAGAGUAAUUCUCAUGAUCUUCCAGACGAUGGCUUUCCAAAAUCACAUCUACGAGUGGGUGAGGGACCACAGAGUUCACCACAAGUUCACGGACACGGACGCGGAUCCGCACAACGCGCAACGGGGCUUCUUCUUCUCGCAUAUGGGUUGGCUCAUGGUUCGUAAACAUCCGGACGUCAUCAGCAAGGGCGCCACGAUCGAUAUGAGCGAUCUCGAGAAGGACCCGGUCGUUGUUUGGCAACGCAGGUUGUACAUCAUCCUGAUGCCCACGUUGUGCUUCCUCCUCCCCACAUGGGUGCCAUGUUAUUAUUGGAACGAGAAGCCCAUGUACGCGUGGUACGUUUGCAUCAUGAGGUACACGUUGUCGCUGAACAUAACUUGGCUGGUGAACUCCGCGGCUCACAUGUACGGCAUGAAGCCGUAUGACAAUUCCAUCAGCCCCACCGACAGUCUCAGUGUCGGCAUCGGCGCCUUCGGCGAGGGCUGGCACAAUUAUCACCACGUCUUCCCAUGGGACUACAAGGCCGCCGAGUUGGGCAACUAUCGCACCAACUUCACCACCGCCUUCAUCGACAUGUUCGCUAAGAUCGGCUGGGCAUACGACCUGAAGACAGUGGCGACCAAUAUAGUGAAAAAACGCGCAGCCAGAACGGGUGACGGUACGAGAUACGAGCGAGCGGCCGAAGCGCAUCAGCACUCGCAUGCGAACGCUAUAUGGGGCUGGGGUGACGCGGACAUGCCCGCCGAGGAUAUACAGAAGGUCCAGAUCUUCAACAAGGGCGAUUAAAUCUGUUCUUUGCCGCCGUAUCUUCGUAGUCCAAGCGAGCACCACGUAGAACCGCACGUCGGACGGGCGCGCGACACGCAUGAUCGUUGAUUCACGGUGUGUUGCAGUUUGAGAAUUUAUUCUAUGAAUAUCGCGGUCGUUCCCGAUCUCGGAGGAUCACGCGAUGGUGUCAUGCUCGUGACGCUUCACGUGUGAACACAAGGCGAUGACAAGGUCGCGAUUUCCACGCGAUCGAUGGGCGACCUCGGUAGUCAUUUCGCUUCUUGAUUGAUGACACACCGUGGCUUCAGGUAACAAAAUCUUUUUCGCCCGUUUCUCAACGUCAGUUCAUUGAUGACGCAUGAUGAAGGUCGCAGCAAUUUUUCCGGUAAAUCUUGUGUAAAUUUUUCCGUAAAUCUUUUCCGUAAAUCAACGUGUGCGUAUUCUGUAGGAAAAUUUGCCUUUUCGAUAAUCCUCGAUAAUUCGGAAGGUAAACUUUCCUGUUGGAUUCCAGACGUGUUUUCAUCGGGUACUCGGAUAGUUUGAGGAAUAUUCGCGGGCACCCUGAUUCGAGUAGUCUCUAACUAAAUUAUCGAUAAACGCGACAAUCGUCGGACAUGCGAAUUCUAUGCUGGUAAGUCUCGUUGCGGACAAGAAGCUAAUAGGAGAACGGUGACUGGUCGCACAUCAAGGAGCACCACCGACUGCUCGAUGCCGUGAUUGUCGUGAAGAAGUCGAUCCGAGGAUGAUAAGGGUGGUCUGUGCAGGUAGACAAAAAACCCACGUGUCCCCUCGGCAACCGCAGCGAAGUGGUUCUCCUGCCGACACGCGAGCUGCGUCACUGUUCUCGAAUUAGCGUCCUCGUGCAAGUUUAUCUACUACUAUCCCUCUAUCUCUAUUCUCCGAAUUAUUUUAUCUACCGUGCUAGUAAGUUGUACAAUGAACGAUCCAAAGAUCAGUGGUGAAUCGUUAUAAUGACGUCAAUUAAUAUUUAUUACUAUAAUAUUACUACUAUGCGUUUGUUACCGCGUUCCUCUCUUCGAGUCGGCCGUCGGGAAAAGGAAAGGAAGGAAGUGUCGCGAGCUCGAUAGUGGGAACGGAAGAGGAAAGGAAAGAAGGAGGAAGGAAAGAUAGGAAGAAAGCUCGUUCGACGGCGAUUUCUUCCCAGACCGAUCGACUGCCGAGAUCUAUCGACCGAGGUGUCUCUUCCAAUCAAGGAUCUAUGAGAUGGAAAGCGCGUACCAUAUCCUUUAUUGUUGAUUUUUAUUAUUAUCGAGAUAACGUUUCGUCAGGAAGACUCGGCUUGGGGGGAUCGAGCGAGGUCUCGCGAGACCUCGCGAAAGACGUGAUUUGAAUCCCGCAUAUCCCGUACGCGGACCUGCCAUCGCCGGGCCGCUUUCCAGCUGCGGAGACUCGUGCGUCGCUCGACCCCGGCUCGAUUUCUCCUCGACAUCGAGGGAGAUUUUUGCGAGGGGAACGGCAAUAUGCAUAUGAAAUCGACCACGCUGCAGCGUUCGUUGCACGAAGAGAAGUGGCCCUCCCGGCUGGAGUGCUCCAUCGGGAAAAGUCGAGCCGAGGUCGAAGGUGCGCGUCUCGGCAGGUCCGCGACGUUCCUCGUGUCGCACGUGAUCGCUACGUCGAUGGAUCCGUCGACGGGGCGACACACAGUGGGGCUAGAUGACAUUCUUUGGUUGAAAAUUCUCUAGAGACCUGAAUUUCCAACCGAUCACCGACACCGAUGGAUGAGGUUGAUCCUGAAUAAAUUCCGAAGAGAUCUGUCUUGCCAAAAUUUAAAAACAAAUUUUUCUCUCGAAUAACUAACCUCAAAAGAGGAAAAAUUAUCGUUAAACGUGAGAAACUUGUGAAAUACACAUUAUUCGACACUCCUUCCUAUCUAAUAAUUCUACCUAAUCUAUCUAAUAAUAUUCAGCCGAUUGAAAUCGAUCAACAGACACCUCGAGAUUUAUCGAUCUUGAAUCAGAAACCCAUUAACCCAAAACUCAUAUGCCCAAAAUACAAAAACGUCCGUAGUAGAUCCGUUAAGCACAAACCGAGGGAUCUUAAUCCUUAAUCCUUAAUUCUUUCUUAAUGUGGACUGAAAUGAUGAGCUUGGAGAUUUUGAGUUUUCUAAAAGGUGAUUAUAUGUUCUGGGGUCUCGCAUUUAGUAUCCAUAGACUCGAACCCAUUGAGGUCGAACCCAAGACACUGUGCUUUAAACGAUAAACUUUUAAGACAAACCCUAAACCCAUGAACCCUGGAGCGAUAAUUUUUUUCAAAAUUUCGGCUAGACAGAUCUCUUUGGAAUUUAUUCAGGAUCAACAGCAUCCAUUGGUGUCGAUGAUCGGUUGGAAAUUCAGGUCUCUAGAGUAUUUUCAACCAAAAAAUGUCAUCUGGCCCCACUGUGCGACAGCCUGGGAAUAGAACGCGAGGCUUCGCGCAUAAGGUGCUCAAUGUAAAUGGACGCGGCGAGCGGUCAUGCAUCGUGUCGCGUCUUCAGGACGAUCGGCCGAUCCGGAUCGGCGUGCUGGCGUGUUGUACUGUACAAUCAAUCACGUACCUACGAAUCAAAUUCAUUCGUGGCCUUCGAAAAUGACUGUUUAGGGUGGUGAUGAUGGCGAUGUAUUAGGCUAUUUCUACCGACUUGUUUUCUCUCUCUCUCUCUCUCUCUCUCUCUCUCUCUCUCUCUCUCUCAGUCAAUUCCGCGCGACGCGCGACGUCGCUGAUUAACAAUAAUCGAGCAGCCGGCUCGGUCUGCAAGAGCCUCGGGCGAUCGCCGUGUAACAAUCGAGCGAUCGAUGCUCACUCGGUGUGAACGCUUCGUAGAGCCUCGCAAGGCUUAGCGAGCAGAAAAUCGAGAAGAUCCGCGCGCACGAGGACACAUUUGCGACCACGAGCAGCGACCACGUGGACGAGCGGAAGCGUAGUGUUGCACGUGGUGCACGUCGCGCGUAGUAAGCGUGCGCGUGACUAGCUUAAAUUCUCACGGGUCGUUUCGAUCGCGUCGUGUCUCGACUCGUUUCGGAUGCGACGAGGCGACGUCUCGUCACCCACAUUGUCGAGUAUCACCUGUGUGUCGCUGUGUGUCUACCUGUGGCAACGUGACCGUCGAGCGUCGUUUCGACUCGGAAAGUGUCGUACUUUCAACGACCGAAGGUCCCCGGACAACGAGAACGUCUUAGAAAUCUUUAGAAAAUCUUUGAAGCUGUUUUCAUAGAAGGCGAUAUUCAUAGCCCGAUCUUAACCUCUCAGGCACGAUGCGCCACUAUAGUGGCUUUCGCGGAUGUCAUCUUAUAUUACGACGCGCCACUAUAGUGACUCACUCUAGUGACUCACUCGUUCACCGUUUGAAUUAACUGAUCGUUUUCAUAUGUCUUGUUUCACACUUUUUUUGCCUUCACAACGUUUUAUAACAGUGUUAACAACAUACGGACAGAAUAUACAGUCUUUGUUUUUGACACGCCAGUGUCAGGUAUGAAUUGUUGCUUUUCGUUUAAAUAAAUAUACCAUUUGCUCUUUUGCCGAACAUGCCGAUCCGUAUCCUUAUAAUUUUUAAAAUUGAAGUACAUGUAUCAUAUCUUUAAGAAAAAUUAUAAUUUAAUCAUCAAAAACUUCAUUCCAAUGUGCUCGCGUAGAGAACAGCAUUGUCCGUCACACAUUGCAGUGCUGUAUCGUUUACGCGUAAUUCGCGUUGAACUCUGCCGUAUAGAGAAACAGCCCCGCGCAAAUUCAGCCGUGCCUAAGAGGUUAAUACCGACAAUGAGAUCUCAAGAGUCUCAAGAUCACCUUAACGUACAAUAGAUGUACAGUAACUUAAAUGUGACAUUGCGGUAGCAUUUCUCGAGUUGUCCCGAGGAUCUUCUUGCAAGAGCAAAGUAACUACGAUAUGUAGAAUGCAUUUUCGUCAAGGACCGUUCUCGCGUCAGUCCCGUCGCUUAUGACGCGUAUGCAAGCGAGAGACUAACGUUUGCCGUCCGAGCAGCAGGUAGAACGGGUGUCACGUUGUCACGACUCGCGAAUAUUACGACAUUUGUGCAAGCAGACCGCGUAAGCUUCUAAAAUACACGUGGGAAACGUCUUGAAAGAGUCUUCAAAACGUCUCUUGGAAGUUUAGCCCGCGUGACUCACAUCAGCCGACGACGCACGAGACCGUUCUCGCGUUAAGGCUCGUGUCCACUGUGUGACGCUGCGUCUCGCAGUGAUUGCACGCAAAAGUGAUUGCAAAUUACCGCAAGCGUUCAUAAUUUCGCCGAAACGUCGUCUAGUGACUUUCACAGCCGAGGGGCAGCGUUGUGCCGACUUUUGUCAGUAUCAGUAUCGUGGACAUGGUCAAAGGUUGUAAAGCGUUGUAAAGCGGAGACGAUCGAUCGGCAGGUGAGCGACUCGAGUGCGUGGGUGACGCGAUGGCAGCCGUUCGCGAUUAAUUAGCGGACGAUUCGGCGCGACGCGGCUCGAGUUCUGUCCGUUCGUCUGUCCGCCUGCCCGCCUGUCUUCCGUGAAUGACUGUUGACCUCGAGCCCGGCCGCGACGUCGAAUGGCGAUUUCGCAAGGGCGAUCGUUUGCGAAAGCGCGCUUCCCUCGGACGCUAAUUGCGCGACACACGACAGCCGGUCAAUUAGUGCCCGCCGCAUUAUCGGCAGCGACUCGCAAUAACAAACACCGGACGUGUGCCGGCGCGCAACGAAAAUUAAUGCCGUGCCCGGAAUGCCGCGCGCGGCUGGCACGAUUAUUCAACACGAAUCUCUCCGGGACGCUCCCGCGAAUUUCGUACUCGCGACGUACGGCGAGAUUCACUCCGCUCAAUCCCAUGCACGGUGUAACGCAACCUGCCCCAGGUAGGAGAGAAAGUCACGGCAACGUGGGAAUGACGUUGAAAUGGCGAGAGAGCGAUCGAUCGACCGAACGAUCGAGUCAUGAUUGAAAAGUGAAUAGAUCAACCAGAUGUAGUCGACUGGAGACGAAGAAGCCAACGCGAGAUUAGGCUAAACGAGCAGAAUAAAUGAAUAGAUAGAUAUAAAUAAAAAUGUCGAGCCUGAAGUCUCAUUUCAGCUCUCAUUAAAGCUGCGCAUUUAAAUCUGAAAUUGAAUCUCAGAUCAAAUUGGAGCCUGUUUUAAGUAAAAUGAAAGAAAUGGGAUUUACAUCUCUCGCUCGGCUUUUUCGUCUCUGGAUCGCAAAGCGAGUUUUUACGGUCAUCUUUUUCAGCCGUCUUUCCUUCGGCGUCGUCGUCGUGAUUUUGUCUGUAUUACAUGAUCGCGCGAGUAAGCGAAUGCAGUAAAUCUAGUUAGGCUAAAGGCGUAUGUAAGAAAGAUAGAAAAUUUCAUCAGCUUAGAGAAGGACGAUCGUUUAAGUUCACAAAUCGGCCCGCUGAAUUGAAGCCGGCUGAACGUCGAGACUCGACCGAGUUGUCGAGAGCGUGAAGAAACGCGGUGAAAUCGCGCGAUUAGUCCUCGUACCUUUACUCGAAAGGAAGAAAAAGCGUCGUCCGCAAGAACGCCCGCGUAUCGCUUCGCGUUAUCGUAUCGCGCGCAUUACGCUCGCGUGAUGACUCACGCUAUGACCGGACUCCUCUCUCGCGAGAGCCAGACGAUCGUUCGACAAAUUUCCGCUGAAGCGCUAUGUAUAGACAGAGGCCCCGGAACCUCGGGGCUUUCAUGUUCCCGAGAAGUCCCCUCGGCGAUUUAGGAGUUAGCUUCCGCUCGGCGGGAACGUCCAAAGUAACGUCGAUGAUUUCCGAAACACAAAUACGACCGAAGCCUCAUUGGACACUGGUCGAAAUUGAGAAAUUUCGCUUGAUCAAAAUAAUCAAAGUCAGCACCGAGUCACUAUAUCGUGACUGCACUGACUGAUUUAUUUCUUUCUAAUUAUGAUCGCUUCGAUCGGUUACCUUCGACUGAUCAAAACUGCCUCAUAAAUCUUUCAUAAUUACGAGACAUAAUGCGAAGGACUUUGAUUAUAUCAAUCUGCCGGUUAUAUUUGACUCAGUCAGCCGGGCUUUUAAUCGACCGACAGGCAGCGUUGUUGCAGAAAUAAGUAAAGUGUUGAAAAUUCGAGAGAGAAAAUUCAUGACUUGGAGGAUGUUUCAAGGUUAGGCGUACUUUCCGACGAGGGGAAUUGUCUCGAAGUCGCCGACGGGACGGAAUCGGUGGAAUAUGAAGGUCUCGAGAUCCGGGACACUUCCGUGUCCCGAUUGAUAGCUCGUUAAGCGCGCGCGAGGUCACCACGCCGAUCAGAAAGCCGAUUCUCUUUGUCCGUUUCCGCCUAGCCCGAUAGGCAAGUAUGCCGAGAUCACAGUUGUGUACCAAUUUUCUCAUAGGAGAGCACCUCCCCGGCACCUCCGUGGUGCGUACGACAUUUAGAAGCGAUAGAGAAACAUCGUACGAAGUCGUAGUGUCUCGUGUAAGUUUUACUAAGAGGGAGCGUAGUGUUUUAGUAGGGGGAGGUUAACAUGUGCGAUUAUUAAUCGCGAGGCAUCUCGCGCUGCCUCCGCUGUGUGUUUUGUAUUUGCAUUCUCGUUCCUUCCGAACGUAGAUUUUGCUAAGACAAUAUUAUCAACACAUUUACACUGUA